AUGGGCAAAAUCCGAACCUUGCAUAAGGAUAUUGACGCUCGAGGAAUAUCGGCAUCAGAGCGGGCAAAGCAGUGGGGCCAGUCAAAGCUGUUUGAUUUCGUUAAGAGUGUGGAAGAGGAGUAUAUUGAAUUCCGGAAAAGCCUUCGAAAGCAUGCUUUGGAUGAGAAUUGGAAAGAAUUUCACGAAGUCUUGAAGUACUCAGAAAUUCACUUCGCAGCAGAGUCCGGGUCUUUACCGGCUCUUUCCGAGUUUAUCAGCCAUGGUGCAGACGUCAAGUUUCAAGACAAAGACGGUCGUACACCUCUUUACCUCGCCGCCCAGUCUGGUUCAGAGGACAGUAUAACGACACUGCUUAAGAACUGUGCGGAUGCCGAGACCCAGGAUAAAGAAAGUCGCACGCCUCUUCAAUUCGCCGCCCAGUCCAGUUCACAGGACAGUAUAAGAGCACUAGUUAACCACGGUACAAACGUCAUUAUUCAGGACAAAGACGGUCGCACGCCUCUUCACUCAGCCGUCUAG